UCAGUGCAUUCUUGGUGCAAUUGAAAUUUAUACCCUUAAAACCUACCUGCAAUGAAACCGUUUCAGUUGUUUAAAAUAUUCAGUUAUGUAUAGAUUUGGAAUUAUUCUUUGUUCAUUCGGAUUAUUUAUUGAGCACACCCAGUGCCAAUUUUCAUUUAACGGAUGUCCACCCGACUGGAUCAGCAACUCCGAUCAUUGUUAUAAUUUCAUCUCUAAUAAUCCAUUAAUUAUAGAAGAGGCCGAUUCAUUUUGCUGGACGUAUGGUGCCAAUCUAAUAGUAAUCAACAGCUACCUAGAGCAUACAUUUGUCGCUGAUUGGCUACAACAUAAUGACAUUUUAUUUCGCUCGACGUGGUUCACCAGCGGAUAUUACGUCAACGAUGCUGUUGUGUGGGGUACAAAUGACAUAAUCGAUGAUGUCAACAGUUACUGGGACGUACCACCACAAUCUGAAUCUGGUUUAUACAAUAGAGUAGCUUACAAACUAGGAGAUCACAGCAAAGGUUACGGCUGGUCACUUGUGUCUGGAAGUCGUCCUGCCAACUAUAUAUGUGAAGUAUCAAAGUCGGAUGUCAAGUUAAAUAGUGUGCGGGAUAGAGACUAUGAUUAUGGUCUUGGGUUUGCUGACAAAACAAGUUUACCCCAUGGUCCUCAGAUGAUAACAGAACCUAAAAAUGUGCUCAUACUCGGGGACGGCGGCAUCACUGUAUUCAUAGAGUGUUCAGCGUCCAGCAGGCCUCAGUCUUCAUAUAGCUGGAAACGACAAGGGCAAGAUUCCGUGAUUACAUCCUCUAUAAGAUAUACAUUAAGUGGAGGUCGUCUAACAAUAGCCACGCCAAACGAAGAAGAAGACGCCGGUUAUUAUCAAUGUAGUGCUGAAAAUGAUAUUGGAAAAAUCCUCAGCUCUAUUGCUCAAAUUACAUUUGGAUAUUUACAUGCCUUCUCGCCUGUGAAGCCUAAUGAUCAGAUCGGGACAGCAUUUGAAGGGGUUCGGGUGAGCUGUAACACCCCCGCGUACAAACCAGCUGUAAGAUAUGGUUGGUUCAAGAAUCAUAACACCCAUAAUUACAUAUUUCCUGGACAUCCUGUACAUUUCAUAUCUCAGUCCGGCUACCUGUAUUUUUCUGAGGUACAGUACACGGACGAUCGUACCUACUAUUGUGUAGUUACAUUAGUGGCUCCAACAGACUUCGUGGCUGACACGUCAAUGGCACCAAGCAGGGUCGGUCUAGGAACGAAACUUAUCAUUCGAGAUGGAAAAACUGACAACAACUAUGGACCUAUAAUUCACACCCAUGCAUUCCCGUCACCUGCUUUGAGGGGCAGCCUGAUACGCUUAGAAUGUGUCGCUUACGCAUCAUCCCCACAAAACCUCAAGUAUAAAUGGCAUCGUCAGAAUGGACAGCCGUUUAUCAAGGGAACAUCUUUCAGUGACAGAAAUCGUGUUUUGACAAUACCUCACGCCCCGAUGGAAGCUGAGGGGAACUAUAUAUGUACAGUGACUAGACCGGCUUCAUCCUCGCGACCAGGGGCCGUCAAAUCAAAAGUUAUAACGUUACUUCUGGAAACAAAACCAUACUUUGCCAAUGCUAUAGGGAAUAUGUUUGUUGAUCCUGGUCAAGCUAUAGUCUGGAGAUGUAAAUCUAUUGCGCGACCAUUAGCCACAUACUCCUGGUACAAAAACGGACAAUUGAUCGAAAAUAAUCCCGGAAAGAUAGAGGUUAACGGUAAUUCUCUGACGAUAUAUCAGAUCGAGGCUGAUAAUGAUGAAGGCAUGUACCAAUGUUCCGCAACAAAUCAACAUGGAACUACUUUCAGCUCUGGUGAACUUAAAGUUUUAUCAUUCAAACCAAAUUUUGACCGAUUCCCGAUGAAGGAUGCAUUUAUGGCACCAGUUGAUGGAAACAUAACGAUACCAUGUAGUGCUGAAGGCGCGCCUAUUCCCGAUAUACAGUGGUUAAAGAAUGGUGGACCUUUGAAUGUUGUGCCCGGGAUGCUGACGGACAGAAUCGGUAUGACUUUAAGAAAUGACCUUGUCAUUACCAGGGUACAGAUGAGUGAUCAAGGAACAUACAUUUGCAAGGCGUCUAAUAUAAAUGGAGAAGCGACAAAUUCCUCAUACCUGACCGUUGUCCAGGGCGUGGUUAUAGAUAAGCCGCCGUUGCCAAUGUCUAUUGUGGUUAACAAGACGGACUUUCUAUAUUGUGAUGCGUCACAUCCUGGCAAGUAUCUCGAUGUGACAUAUCAGUGGCUGUUUAAUGGUCAUCCUAUAAGAUUUAACAAUAAUCCACAUCUGAUACAGGGAAACAAGAAUGGUUUAAGCGGUCUAUACAUAAGAGAGGCACAGUACAGUAAUGGAGGUGUUUAUUCGUGUGUUGUUAGAACACCAUUACAUUCUGAUAUCCAGUCAGCAGUUGUCACAGUAAAUGGACCACCAGGUGAACCUGCAGGUGUGUACGUAGACAGCGACUCUGUGACGUCAUACACAGUGCGUGUUGUAUGGACAUGGGGAGUAGAAAGUGACCACGGUGCACCUGUUACAGGCUUUGACGUUGAAGCGGAUACUAAUUUUGAUCCGGGCAACUGGACAAUAGUUGCAUCAGAUAUCCCUGAGUUUCAGGCAGUUCAGUUAGCAACAGAUAAUGGACAUAGGGCAGAUCAACGAGCUGUAGUUGUACAGAAUUUAGUACCAAACACCAGCUAUAGGUUUAGAGUACGAGCAGUAAAUCAGUAUGGUAGAGGGCCAGAUGCUAGUAGACAAUCAGUAAGGGUUAAAACACCAGCUACAGCGCCAUACAAAGCACCUGAGAAUCUCGGAGGAGGUGACGGGUCAGAGGGAACGCUUAAUAUAUCAUGGACGCCUUUACCACCACCGGAACAAUGUGGACCAGGUAUAGGAUAUAUAGUAUACUGGAAACCUCAAGAGGAACAAAGACAAAGUUGGCGAAAAGGGGAAAUAAUUGGAAAUAAGGAUGGUUAUACAGUUUUGGUUGGUGUCGAGAAUUACUACCUCCCAUAUGAAGUGAAAGUUCAAGCUUAUAACGACAUUGGAUACGGACCAAAUACAUCCGUUCAAGUUGUUUAUUCUGCAAUGGGAAUUCCAUCUAUCGUACCAAUGAUAACAGGAUCAAGCGGUGUAAAUAUAUCAACUAUCAUAGUUUACUGGGACCCUAUACCAGACGAUAGGGAACAUAUGAAAGGACGAGUCGGAGGAUACACAAUACAGUAUUACUGGAAUGAUCAAGGAUGUAAUCCUAUGACUGGCUGUGAAGUAACAAACCUUAGGAACAGAAAUAUUUGGGGUCAGGCUAACGAAGUUAUGUUAAUUGAUCUUGAAAUGAACUCGGAGUUCUUUUUUCGACUUCAAGUGUUUAACUCGGCUGGGAGAGGACCUAAAGGAGAAUGGAGACGUGGUGAAACUGCAACAUGGGCUCCGUUAAAUUAUCCACGUUUUGUGACAGUAAAAUCUAACGGACCUCAUAGUGUUCACGUUUCUUGGCAAGGUGUCAUGACGUCAGUUAAUGAAGAGAUAAUUACAGGUUAUAAGGUGAAAUGGUGGGAAGUGCAAUCAGAUAUACGUAACGCUAAUGAGACAUUAUCAGAUUUACUAGAGAAUAACGUGAUCGUGCACGGUCUUCAGAAAAAGACGGUAUAUCAACUACGUGUACAGGGGGUCAGUGCUGGAGGGGACGGUCAAAUGAGUAGUCCAACCUUCUUUACACUUGAAGGUGGAAUGAUUCAAAUAGAUCCUUCAACGACUCAGUUUUGUUAUGAAGGCGUCACAUGCUCCUUAUCUACCAGAAUAAAAUCUUCAGCUUUAUAUGUUACUAUUUUUAUUCUUCUUAUUAUGAAUGCGAUACCUUACUGAUAAUCUCAAAUAUUUCAUUUUAAAGUAGUUCGGGUGUUACGUACAGUGUUACGUACAUGCGUUAUACUGGAACUAUCAAUAUAAUAAACUAUAUGUUAAAUGUCAUCGUUUUUUGCAUUUCUCACUUAAGCAAAGGACUUGCUGGGUGAAUAUUAGGCCUAUAUGUAUUGUCAAUUACUGUCUUUUUUUGUAUAUCCUUACAUGUAUGAAUAAAUGUGCUUUAAUGUCUUA